GCUCGACCAAUGAGAGGCCGCCAAUGCUCGGUGGCUGCAGCGGACGGGAGGACCGCAGAGGCAGCUAGCGGGGACCGUUUUUAUCCGUGAUGGUUUCAUCAUGUGACGGGCUGAAGGAGCUCUCUCUACCGGCGUGGAGCCGCGUUUUCCGCGGAGAUAGCUGACACCGAGAAGGAAUGCGCAGAGGAGGAGGUCAUUUUAUCGGACUGGCAACGAAAGAGAGACGGCUAGUGUCAGCUAGGCUAGCGCAACAGAAGGACUUCCGGAUGAGAUUUUCAAAAUAAAAGAGCCCAGAUGAGACUACCAAGCGUUUUGGAUGGAAGUUUUCGAAACAUUAUUUAAUCUUACAAAUGAGGACGAUGAGCUGAUGAGCAUGCCGCAACGAUUUCUGCUCUAAAUAUGUACAUAUGUCAAAAAAAAAACUGACAAACUUCGUGCUUUUACUUUGGCGUAUUCAAAUCCUAACGGUCGUUGGCAGCCGUUAGCUUGACAGCUACGAGCUGAAGUUACAAAGCCUCGAACCAAAACAAGACUUCACCUGCCGGAGCUGGACCACGACGCCCCGGGUCCGGAUGGGACAGACCUCGUCCUCGUCUCGGUGUGUGUGUGUGUUUUUAAAUGCCGUCUUAAAGCCCCUUUACCCCGGGGGACACGUCGAGUAUCUGACACCGGAGCCUCGGCGGUGAUACGGUACCGUUGGAUUAAUAACGGUCGGGAUAUUUGAACGAAGAACCGCCUGAUACCGACAUGUGGUGAGCCUGUUAAGAUCAACAUGCACUGUCCAACGCUGACAAAGAAGAAGCUCUUGUAGCCGGAGGAGGAUUGCUUGCCCCGAACUUUUCCUCCUCCUCCUCCUCCUCCUCCUGGCAUCAAUGACGGGACCCAACUCCCCAAGCCGGACCGGCACCUCCCCGGCCAAGCUGAGCAGGCACGGCCGGUCCAAGAGCACCAGCUCACAUUGCCUCCUUCGCUGCAGCACCCAGGAGGACUCCUCCGCCUCUCCCCCUAACAACAGUUCAAGGUCCCCCGGGGAGGAAGAGGAGAAGGACGGAGGGGUUCUUUUCUACGUUAACAGGACCGGUUUCCCCAUCGAGGGCACCACCUGGGAGAGGAUGUGGUCCCAUGUGGCCGCUGUGCAUCCCGAGGGCCAGGAGAUGGUGGACCGGAUCCGAAAUGCUGCAUACCUUCCCAAGCAUGCUGUUCCCUCAGUCCCGACCUUCAAACCGUCCAUGUCGGUCCCAGACUGGCUGGUGGCCAUCCAGAACUACAUGAAGGCUCUGCAAUACAACCACACAGGAACCCAGUUCUUUGAGAUCAAGAAGAGUCGUCCUCUGUGUGGGUUGAUGGAGACGGCGAGAGAGAUGAUCAGGGAGUCUUUGCCAAUCAAAUGUCUCGAGGCCGUCAUCUUGGGAAUCUACCUUACCAACGGGCUGACGUCUCUCGAGCGUUUCCCCAUCAGCUUUAAGACCCAGUUUUCGGGCCACUGCUUCCACCAUGUUGUGCUGGGCGUCUACUGCAACGGCCGCUACGGCUCGCUGGGCAUGAGCCGCCGCCAGGACCUGAUGGACAAACCGCUGACCCACCGCACACUGGGAGAGCUGGUGGCUGAGUUCGAGAGCUCCUACAAGAGAUACCAGCACACUCUGAAGAAGGUGAAGAUCGGCCUGUAUGUGCCUCAUGACCCCCACGUCUUCCAGCCAAUCGAGUGGAAGCAUUUGGUGCUGAACGCUGCCCGACUGGGAGCUCAGGAGAUGAGGAAGGAGCUGGAGAAGCACGGCCGAGACAUGAGGAUGAAGAUCCUGAAGUCGUCCAGCGCCCAGUCACCAAUCAAGGAGCGGAGCCGGGGGAAAUCCUUAUCACCACGGCGACGACAGAGCAGCCCCCAGCGACGCUUCACACACCGCAGAGACAAAUCGCCGGCCUCGGUGGAGAGAAAACCUCCGGAGCUCAGCACUCUCAACGACGGCUACCAGAUCCGCAUCUGAUCCACUACGCCCCCUCCCGAGCAUCCCAAAUCCAUCCAGGAGUCUGUACCUGACAGCAGAGUAGAGGACGAACACACGAACAUGUGCUACAAGAGCUUUUCUGAGCUUUAACCGGAAGAAGUUCUAAGAAGACAAAAAGUGAUUUUAGUUCUUUCACACAGACACAUUUCAUUUCAAACGUUUCAAUCAACAGAGUCGUCGUGUCCAGACAAGAGUAUUUCUGAGACCACGUGUCACUGAGAGGGUUAAAGGUAGAAAUUAUUCUGACGUGACUAAAAACAGAUUCAUCUAUCAGCUAUAUAUCUACAGCACAAUUUCACCAGAGAGAAUUCAGGCAGCUAACAUCUUUUGUGAGCGAUGAGUGGAGACGACGAACGCUGGUGUUCGUGGAGGCUGCAGAGAUUCACAGGUUCAACUUCAUCGCUUAGAAAAAGAAGAUCAAUGAAGGAAAGUUUCCCCGGAACCAAGAGCCGUUCAAAUAUGACGACUAAGUGUUUCCACAUGUGUAGGUUAUUGAUCGGAGUGGACGAGGAUGUUCAAAGACGCCGAGUCGAUAGAGAGGAAACAGAAGGAUGAGAGAGGAGUGAGGAGACGGGGAGUGAGGUAGAGAGGACUCACUGCAGAGGAUCAUUAGAGCACUGCGGCAAACCUCCCGUACCCGUCUCCUCCUCUGCUGACACAUGAAGACAUGAAGACACAGCCAUCGUAAUAUGUGACGCUCAGUAUGAAGACAGAAACCUGCACGUCAUUAUUUAUUUCUUUUAUUUAUUGGGUUUAACUGUGAUUACUCUGCAGUCGAGACGAGAAGCAGCAAAAAUCUGAAGGUCAACGCGAUUUUUUAUGUUUUUUUAAUGCGAGUUAUGCAAAAUUUUCCUUUUUUCUUCCAUAAUUCUGGACACGUUCACCUCUUCAGACCUCUAAGAUGUAGAACUCAUGUCCACUCACAGCCUGUGAUGAAGAGCCUCAAACAAAUCUGAAGUGAAAGUGUCGAGUAUUAAACAAGAAAAAAGAGCAAAUAUCAGAAAAACAAGACAAAAUGUGAAUGAUACAGCAUCAAUCACAACAGCUCCAUUAAUUACAGACAAAUUGGAUACAGCUGCCGAAUGAGAGCGUUCAGGUUUAAACUCUGAUCUCACAAAAUGCAUUUAAAAAAAAAAAAGGAGAUCCUGAAUUUUCCUUCAAAAUUUCCAAGUUUCCAAAACAAGUUAAGCAGAAGGCGAGCGGCGUUUUCUGUGAUCUGUAGCCGACCCGAGCGCUCACAGCUGGAAAAUCAAAAUGAUUCAGCUGGUCCAAGUUCAGUUUGUCCGCUCAGACAAACGAGGAGUGACGGCGGAGGCUGAGUGAACGCUCCGUAACAAAAACUGAUUUAUGUGGCCGAGGGAUGCAAACACUCCUGUGAGGGCUCUGAGACCACUGCUCACAAAAAUACUGUAAUGUGAUUGAGAUGCAGCGUUAAAUCUCCAUGAUGAGUUGCCUUUUGUAACCCCGAAGGUGCAAGUCUGCUUAAAAAAAAAAAUCGUUUGCCGGAGAAAAGCAAGAGUCCAAAAACUCUGAAAGUUCUCCGAGCAGCUUCGGUACCAAGUGACCUACGAGAGUCCUUUCAGUACUGUACGCACCGUUUCACGCAUGUGUGCGUGACGUGUUGUAAGGAUCGUCCAAAAAAAAGUUUGAUUUGAUUGUUUGUUUUUUUGGACUUUCCCGUCGAGGCCUUCGAUGAAUCUCAAGCUUGAAAUCUCACAUCUCACGUGUACGGAAUAUCACACAUCAAACAACAUUCAGUUCUUAUCACACGAACGCUGAAAUCCAACCAGACGUUCAACACAGUAAAUAUGUAUAUACAUCUAAAUACAUCUAUGUUCCUUCAUGUUUGUUACCGCUCAGCUUCAAGCCUUCAGAUUCAAACUGUACGAGUCAGUUUAAGUACAACCACAGCCCGACCAGCUCCGCCGAGGACGGGCCUAAGCCUUCUUUAAAAAAAUGACAACUGACUUCUGUAGCUUUCAUCUGAACUUGAAGAAAAAUGGUUUUUCCCAAAGUCAAACACAAAGAUCGUCUUUGUUCAAAUGAAGCUGCACCAGGCAGGAUUUGGCGACCAAACUUCUCCAAGUGAAAGACUCGCGUCCAGACUUCUUCUAGGAGCUGCAAACUAAAGACAGUGUCCUGUAUAAAGGCACUGGAUGAACUUUUUGGCCACUAGUAGCUCUGUGGGGAAUGUUUGUUCGUACCUCCUGCACAUGUACCUUCCACUGUUCCACUAAUGUGCCAAGAAAUGCAGCAGUGCCGCAACAAAGACUGCCAGAAAACAAACGUCUUAAAAUUCCCCGUCAGGACACAAAUGUUUGGGUGGAGGGAGACGACUUUAGACUUUAGUCUCUAAUUAACGGCAGCCUGUUCUCUGCCUGGUGCAGCUUUAUUUCCAAUGGAUGAUUUUGUCACCUGUAGUUUUUGGGAAAAAACACACGAACGCCUCAUUUCACUUCUUUUGUUCUGCUCACAUCAAACCGAUUGUUUCUGAAUAUUUCCAUCGGAUUGUUUCACGUCUUUUCUUUGAAUGUUUCACGGUGUCUUUCUGCUGCCAACUGAAAACUCCUGAACAUUUCGUCCUGGCUUCUUGUUGCACAACAAACUAUGCACACGCCGAAUUAGAGGAUGGGACAAAACUAAAAUCCUGGUCUUCCACAGUUCAGACGAUGGAGGAGGACGGUGUUUGUGGCUCCAUCUACACAAGAACAAAUCACUUUUGAACCCACCUUCACGGACAGACGGACGUCUCGGUCAUUUUGUAUAAUUCUACGCCUGAACAGGAAAACACAGUGUGCAGAUCUAGCCUGAGACAUUACCGCUGAUUCAAGGUGCUGUGAGAGAAAAAAUACUUUUACAUAUUUCUGAUGUUUGGCCAGCAGUGGACCAUAGCACAGCCCGAGACGGAGACAUCUCCAACCAACCAGCUCAACGUGUUCAAACGUUCCACAGGCUCAGACAGAAGAAGCACAACGCCGAGUUUUCAAAUCCUAGUUCACACCGGGGUUAUUUUCUGACUGAACUAGACAAACGGAGGUUCAGCAAAGUCUAAACUAAAGCUCGACUUUGGGUUUAAAGAUGAACGUCAGACCUGCCGCUCAGCACGGACUGAAGCUGUGACCACAACAAACUCGAUGUAGCACCUGAAAGCUGGUUUUCACGUCCGUCUGUGAUCGUGCUCGACAAUUUGAACUUUCUGAAUGUUUUUUUUAUUUAUAAGUUUGCGGUUUUAAAUCUGUUUGAUCAUUUGGGUUUGAUUUGUUGAUUGUACUGAGAAGUAUUUGUAGUUGUAGCGGGCGUUCUUUUUUCGAUGCCUUUGAGUUGUCUCCAAAGUUUCUCAACUGCAUCUUUGGUCCUAAACUCACUGUACUGUAAAGUUUGCUGUAAAGUUUACUGUAAAGCUUACUGUAAAGUUUGCUGUAAAGUUUACUGUAAAGCUUACUGUAAAGUUUACUGUAAAGCUUACUGUAAAGUUUACUGUAAAGCUUACUGUAAAGUUUGCUGUAAAGCUUACUGUAAAGUUUACUGUAAAGUUUACUGUAAACCAGACGUCAACAACAUGCAGGACACAAAGUAGACGACAUGAAGAUCUUCAGGUCUCUGCUUUGGCUGCAGCGAUGUCCACGGUUCAUUUCUGUCUCCUGUAAACACUUCACACUGACUUAAGAAGGAUGCUAAUCACUUAAACGAAGACAGUUCAAUUAAAAAAAAAAAAAAAAUGCUUUAAAUUUUGUCUUCGUGCACUGCGACUGCUGAACCAAACUCAGAGCUACAUAUCUGGAUGUUUGAAUUAAAGAUAUGAAAUAUGAAGCUUCCAGUGCCUCCGCAGAGUUCAGUCAGACGAGAGUAUCUUUAUUUCAUCUCUGUGUCUUUGUCCAUCAGUUGAACAUUGUUUAACAGGUUUCUGUUGAAGGUUGUCACGACGACGCUCACCUUCCCGUUUUCCUGUGUUUGUUUCGCCGCCUGUUUCUGGUUGUUACGAACGUUUCAAAGCAGACAGAUCUGCUCCGUGCUGUGAAGAACAAAGGGACUGUCGGACUUUCUAUCAAACUCUCGAGUCCGAGGUGGCAGAAGACGAGCAAAAAUACAGUGUGUGUUUGUGUGUGUGUGUGUUUGUGGGAAUCAACCCCACAAACCGCUGUAACAGUAUUCAAAGCAGCGUCUUCGCUGAUCAAACAGCUCGUUGGACGGACAGGAGCCAACGAGCUGGACUGAGGAGCGAGAGAUAUCAAAAUUAUAACGUGGAAACACCGCAGAGCUGGCCUACACACACACACACACACACACUUAUUAUUUCUAAAGAGUGCUGUUGAGUCUGCCCAGGUUCCCUGUGUGAGGAUGUGGCGUGGUUUUGUAUUCCUGUGCAGAUGCAUAGUAGGAGAAAAUGUGACCCCAGUCAAUAUUAUUAUUGUAACUUUCCUACUGUUACAGUAUCAGUGGUCGACAGCAGCUGUUUUAUAUCAACAACUGUAGCAGCAUGUGUUCUUUUAAUAAAUGAUUUAUGUUUUUAA